UUCUCGCUUUCUCUCUAUUUAUAAAAGGCAAGAUUUAUCGUGAGAGGUGAAACAUAUGAGUGGCAGUAAGAACUAUAGGGAGGACAGGGAGUAAAGUGAAAGAAACAAUACAUCGAAAGCUUACAGAGCAAGUAAGGAUAAAGUGUAAACGAUGAGAGGUGAUGUUGUCGAGAGAAGAUGCAUGGAACAUACGGAGUGAGUAAAAUCUAAAAAGCGAAGGUAGAAACGAUUGAGGUGGUCGACAAAAGGAAAAACGUAGAAAAGAAAAACAAAGAGCGACAAAUCCAAAGAGACGGUUAAAACAUCGAAUUUAUUGGGUGAGAGGAGAAAAUGCUUAAAAUAAGAGAAGUGAAGUAGAUGAAUCCUACAUUAAGCGGGACGAUGGGGGAGAGAAGAGACUUUGAGUAAGGACAUCUAGGAAGAGGAGAGAUUAAAGAAGAAAAAGGUGCCACAAACUGAGGUAGAACGUGAAGGAGUUUGGUGGUGAGGAGACAUUGAAGCUUCACCAUACUUUUAGUAAUAAAUAUAAUGUCAUCCAUUCGUCUUCUUGGUCGUUGGGGUAGAAUCGUCUGAUAGCUCCUCCACGGGGUCCCAUCAGAAGCAACUGUCAGUUACAUACACAUUAAAAACUUCGUUAAUAAUAACAACGCCAAUUGCAAUUCCAACAACAAUAAUUGUAACAACAAACGUGAAUCAAAAAACGCUGUCAUUGGGAAGACAAUUCUUCCUUCUGCAACUCUUCUACAGGAGCCAUUUGAAGGCUUUCGUUUUUUCUUACAUAAGGGGAAAUUAUGUGUCGAGAUAUUUAAAAGCGAGCUGUUAAUUUAUGCCAAAGUUUCGAAAAGAGAACAGCUGCUGCUGUUUCCCUCCAGACGACAUCGACCCGUUUUGCCAUCCGAACCGUUAUUAUUAUUUCUAAUUUUUUCUUCAAUUUUCAUGAAUGGAAAACAAAAAGAGUGACCAGCAGUCCAACAGUGAGCUGUUGAUCCCACCAGAGGACUACCUGCUCGGUCAAGCAGGUGAGACAAACAAUACCAACAAGGGAAGCAAUAAAAGUGAACCCUAUGGACUCAGCACCCAGCCAGCUCCCUCCAACAAUUCUGUAUUUAGUGAGGAAGAUUGGAAAAUGCCGUUGCAAGAAUUCAUUGCAAAGAAACAACCCAAUAUUAAAAAGUUGCCUAAAAGACUCAGAUCUUAUUAUAAGGCGCAAAACAAAUUGAUUACAUCGUAUGAGAAGUUGUCUUCAUUUAACGACAGAGAUCCUGAUGAGGUGUACCCCAACACGAACAAAAUCACUAAGGCCAUUUUUUAUACAAGACUAGUGCUAUGUUUAAAUGUGUGUCUAACCAUUGGCAAAGCAGUGGCUGUCAGCCUUUCAGGUUCAAUUUCCAUCAUAUCCAGUUUAGUGGACAGUUGUAUCGAUUUGGUGUCUGGAAUCAUAUUCUGGUGGACCACCCGGGCUAUGAAGCGAAGAAACCCUUACACUUACCCCCAAGGUCGAACAAAACUGGAGCCAAUCAGCAUUAUUAUGUUGUCUGUAAUCAUGUCUUUUGCAGCUUUGCAACUGAUUUUGGAAUCGGUGCAGAAAAUCGUUGAAUUCAUCGAACAGUCCAAUAACAUCCCAUCAGUUGAUUUUGAAACUAUUGGCAUUCUUCUCUCAACCAUAGUUACCAAAUUCGGUCUUUUUAUUGCCUGCCGUCGUGUGAACAGUCCCACAGUCCAGGCUAUCGCUCUGGACCAACGAAAUGAUGUUCUCUCCAACCUUUUGGCUCUCGUGUUUGGCUACAUAGGGUCUAAGCAAAUGUUUGACAGGACCAAUAUUCUGGGGUUACGCUUUCUUGAUCCUAUAGGGGCCAUUCUUAUAAGUUGCUACUUCUUUGUCAACUGGUGGCGCACUGGAUACACUCAGAUCAAACAAUUGACUGGUUACACAGCAAAACCAAUGUUUCUCAGUAAAAUAACUUGGAUUACCCUCAACCACAACAGGAAGAUCAAGCAGAUCGACACGGUGAGGGCAUUCUACUUUGGCAUCAACUUCCUGGUCGAAGUCGACAUUGUCUUGCCAGAAGACAUGACAUUAAAAGAGGCUCACAACAUUGGUGAAAGCCUCCAACAGAAACUUGAGCGUCUUCCUGAAGUUGAGAGGGCAUUCGUUCACUUGGACUACGAAGUUACACACAACCCUAAAACAGAACACAAAAUAGUUUGACAAAAUAUUUCAUUAGGGGCUGAUUGUUUAACAUUGAAGAGUGAGUUGUUAUUGUUAGGGGCGAGCAGGAGCACUUGUGGUCUUAUGUGGAGUUGUCAGAUCUUUGUGGAAACUCAACCACCCAGAAAUGUUGGUUAAUUAUUAUAUGUUGAAAUUAAUUAAGAAAUGUGGAUCAGCAUAAUCGUUUGAGCAUUAGGCAAAAUGGUGCCUUUCAUGAAUAUUCUUAAAAUCCUGAGUUCAAAUCAUGCUGAGAUUGAAUUUGUCGGCGAUCUUUCGAUACUAGUCCACCACAAUUUCCGGUCGUUGCGCGCAUGCAUACUGAUUACAUGAUCGUAUAGUGUGUUUAUAUGUUUAAAGUUUCAGUUCGGAUGGCACCUUGCUCACUCGCACCUUGGCCACACAUUUGCCACAGUACGAAGGCAAGAGCACCCAUUCCUCUGUCCUUAUUGCCUCUGUGGAGUGCUUUAUUGCUUCCUCCUCCGUUGUGAAGCGCACCUCCACAGUGGCGUAUCUCCUCCCUAUACUGAUUACAUGAUCGUAUAGUGUGUUUAUGUGUUUAAAGUUUGAGAACUGUAUGCAUCUGAGGGGGAGAAGGUUUGAGUUUUUAUUUAAUGUUGUCUUUUCAUAUUUUCACUACACGAUCAUGUAAUCAGUAUGCAUGCGCGCAACGACCGGAAGUUGUGGUGGACUAGUAUCGAAAGAUCGCCAAUUUGUCUUUGAUUCUUCUGAAAUUCAUCAAAUAAUGUACCAGGGGCUGCUUGGUUUGACCUAAUCAAAUAUACUUCUCCCUACCAAAUUUUUGGCCUUCUACCUCUGCCGGAAGUCAGUAAGAAAAAGCAUCCAUGUUCUGCUGAGGUAAACUUGCAGCUCACGCUUCAUUAACCUAAAUGAUAUGUCCCCAAAUUCCUUCAAUUGUGGGAGGGCACGUUAUCCUAAGAUUCAGGACUUAAUAACAUGAUGCUCUCAUUGUAAAGAUUGUAUAAAAGUUGUCGAGAAGGAUUUAGUUAUGCCAUUGAGUUGCCAAGCAACAGUGGCCACAAAUGCUUUCACAAAUACACUGGUGUGUGUUUCUGUUUGUGUGAGUGUGUGUAUGUGUAUAUAUGUGAGUGUGCGUGUGUGUGUGUGUGUGUUUGUGUGUGUGUGUGUGCAUACAUGUGUAUAUAUUUGCUUAUAUGUCUGUAUGUCUAUGUAUAUUUUUGAUUGAACAGGAAUAUAUUUUACAAAAGAAAAACAAAGAAAAAAGUUUUAAAAAGGGGGAGAAAGAAAAGAAAGGAAAAAAACAUCAAUGCAGCACCAACUGCUUCAAUUGGUCGCACACCACAAGGUUCAACGGAACCUACUGAAGCAAACCAACAUGCUUGCUGCCUUACUAAAAGCAAUGGCGAGGCUAUGGAAUGUCUUUCUCUUCUUUCUCCCCCAUUUUUUAUUUUUGCUUUUUUUCUCUGUCUUUCUUUUGUAAAAUAUAUUUUGAAUAAAAUGUCUUUUUAAUUGUGUGUGUGUAUGUUAGAGUAUGUAUGUUAGCGUUUGUGUGUGUGUGUGUGUGUGUGUGUGUGUGUGAUGUAUGUAAAUGAACCCUGUGCCAAAAAUAAAGGAAAAUUAUUUAUAGCCAAAAUAGAUUGUUUGUUAAAUGUUUAUUUAAAACCAUUUUCAGGACCACGAGAAAUUAUUUUGAAAUCCCACUUGUCUUUGGACAUUGACCUCAGCAUUUUGUAAACAUCACAUUCUAAUAUGUGUUGUCCAAACACAUUGUUUAAAUAAAAACCUUAAUAUUCA